UUUUCACUUUUUUUGCCAUACUAUACUAUGUCAUUUUUUCAUUUUUUUUGCCAUACUAUACUAUGUCCUUUUUUUCACUAUUUAGGCCUCUCUAUAUUAUGAUGUACUUAUACUUUACUAUACUAUGACGUUUUUUGAUGUUUUUAUGCCUUAUUUUACUAUGUCAUUUUUUCACUUUUUUUGCCAUACUAUACUAUGUCCUUUUUUUCACUAUUUAGGCCUCUCUAUUUUAUUGUGUAUUUAUACCUUACUAUACUAUGACGAUUUCUGAUGUUUUUAUGCCUUAUUUUACUAUGUCAUUUUUUCACUUUUUUUGCCAUACUAUACUAUGUCAUUAUUUCACUUUUUUUGCCAUACUAUACUAUGUCAUUUUUUCACUUUUUAGGCCUCUGUAUACUAUGAUGUCUUUAGAUCUUACUAUAGUAUGACAUUUUGUUAUUUUUUUAUGCCUUAUUUUACUCUGUCAUUUUUUCACUUUUUUUGCCAAACUAUACUAUGUCAUUUUUUUCACUGUUUAGGACUCACUAUACUAUGAUGUAUUCAUACAUUACUGUACUAAUAAAUUUUAUUCAUGAUUUAAUGUCUUAUUAUACUAUGUAAUUUUUCACUUUUUUUGCCAUACUAUACUAUGUCAUUUUUUUCACUAUUUAGGCCUCUCUAUAUUAUGAUGUAUUUAUACCUUACUAUACUAUGACGUUAUUUGAUGUUUUUAUGCCUUAUUUUACUAUGUCAUUUUUUCACUUUUUUUGCCAUAUUAUAUUAUGUCAUUUUUUUCACUUUUUUUAGGCCUCUGUAUACUAUGAUGUCUUUAGAUCUUACUAUAGUAUGACAUUUUGUUAUGUUUUUAUGCCUUAUUUUACUAUGUCAUUUUUUCACUUUUUUUGCCAUACUAUACUAUGUCGUUUUUUUUAACUGUUUAGGCCUCACUAUACUAUGAUGUAUUCAUACAUUGCUGCACUAAUAAAUUUUAUUCAUGAUUUAAUACCUUAUUAUACUAUGUCGUUCUUUAACUCUUUUUGCCAUUUUAUAAUACUAUGUCAUUUUUUACACUAUUUAGGCCUCACUAUACUAUAAUGUCUUUGGAUCUUACUAUACUAUGACGUUUUUUUUAUGUUUUUAUGCUUUAUUUUAUCAUGUCAUUUUUUCACUUUUUUUGCCAUGCUAUGUUGUUUUUUCAUUUUUUUUGCCAUACUAUACUAUGUCAGUUUUUUUCACGUUUUAGACUUUGCUAUACCAUGACACCUUAAUACCUUGCUGUACUAAUACAUUUUAUUCAUGAUUUAAUGUCUUAUUAUACUAUGUAAUUUUUCACUUAUUUUGCCAUACUAUACUAUGUCAUUUUUUUCACUAUUUAGGCCUCUCUAUAUUAUGAUGUAUUUAUACCUUACUAUACUAUGAGGUUUUUUGAUGUUUUUAUGCCUUAUUUUACUGUCAUUUUCUCAUUUUUUUUGCCAUACUAUACUAUGUCAUUUUUUUCAUUAUUUAGGCCUCUUUAUAGUAUGAUGUAUUUAUACCUUACUAUACUAUGACGUUUUUUGAUGUUUUUAUGCCUUAUUUUACUAUGUCAUAUCUUCACUUUUUUUGCCAUACUAUACUAUGUCAUUUUUUCACUUUUUUUGCCAGACUAUAUUAUGUCAUUUUUUUCACUUUUUAGGCCUCUGUAUACUAUGAUGUCUUUAGAUCUUACUAUACUAUGACAUUUUGUCAUGUUUUUAUGCCUUAUUUUACUAUGUCAUUUUUUCACGUUAUUUGCCAUACUAUACCAUGUCAUUUUCUCAUUUUUUUUGCCAUACUAUACUAUGUAAUUUUUUUCAUUAUUUAGGCCUCUCUAUAUUAUGAUGUAUUUAUACUUUACUAUACUAUGACGUUUUUUGAUGUUUUUAUGCCUUAUUUUACUAUGUCAUUUUUUCACUUUUUUUGCCAUACUAUACUAUGUCAUUUUUUCACUUUUUUUGCCAGACUAUAUCAUGUCAUUUUUUUCACUUUUUAGGCCUCUGUAUACUAUGAUGUCUUUAGAUCUUACUAUACUAUGACAUUUUUUGAUGUUUUUAUGCCUUAUUUUACUAUGUCAUUUUUUCACUUUUUUUGCCAUACUAUACUAUGUCAUUUUUUCACUUUUUUUGCCAGACUAUAUCAUGUCAUUUUUUUCACUUUUUAGGCCUCUGUAUACUAUGAUGUCUUUAGAUCUUACUAUACUAUGACAUUUUGUCAUGUUUUUAUGCCUUAUCUUACUAUGUCAUUUUUUCACUUUUUUUGCCAUACUAUACUAUGUCAUUUUUUCAUUUUUUUGGCCAUACUAUACUAUGUCGUUUUUUUCACUGUUUAGGCCUCACUAUACUAUGAUGUAUUCAUACAUUGCUGUACUAAUACAUUUUAUUCAUGAUAAAAUGCCUUAUUAUACUAUGUCGUUCUUUAACUCUUUUUGCCAAACUAUACUAUGUUGUUUUUUCAUUUUUUUGCCAUACUAUACUAUGUCAGUUUUUUUCACGCUUUAGACUUUGCUAUACCAUGACACCUUAAUACCUUGCUGUACUAAUAAAUUUUAUUCAUGAUUUAAUGUCUUAUUAUACUAUGUAAUUUUGCACUUUUUUUUACCAAACUAUACUAUGUCAUUUUUUUCACUAUUUAGGCCUCUCUAUAUUAUGAUGUAUUUAUACCUUACUAUACUAUGACGUUUUUUGAUGUUUUUAUGCCUUAUUUUACUGUCAUUUUUUCACGUUUUUUACCAUACUAUACUAUGUCAUUUUUUCACUUUUUUUUGCCAUACUAUACUAUGUCGUUUUUUUUCACUGUUUAGGCCUCACUAUACUAUGAUGUAUUCAUACAUUGUUGCACUAAUAAAUUUUAUUCAUGAUUUAAUGCCUUAUUAUACUAUGUCGUUCUUUAACUAUUUUUGCCAUACUAUACUAUGUCAGUUUUUUUCACGCGUUAGACUUUGCUAUACCAUGACACCUUAAUACCUUGCUGUACUAAUACAUUUUAUUCAUGAUUUAAUGUCUUAUUAUACUAUGUCAUUUUUUCUUUUUUUUUGCCAUACUAUACUAUGUCGUUUUUUUCACUAUUUUAGCCUCUCUAUAUUAUGAUGUAUUUAUACCUUACUAUACUAUGACGUUUUUUGAUGUUUUUAUGCCUUAUUUUACUAUGUCAUUUUUUCACUUUUUUUGCCAUACUAUAUUAUGUAAUUUUUUUCACUUUUUAGGCCUCUGUAUACUAUGAUGUCUUUAGAUCUCACUAUACUAUGACGUUUUGUUAUGUUUGUAUGCCUUAUUAUACUAUGUCAUUUUUUCACUUUUUUUGCCAUACUAUACUAUUUCAUUUUUUUCACUAUUAAUGCUUUCCCUUAAGCUGUCGUUUUUCUCUUUUAUUGUAAUAGUAUACUGUGUAGUUUUAUUUCACUUUUUAGGCCUCACUAUACUAUGAUGUGUUUAUGAAUUGCUGUACUAAUAAUUUUAUUCAUGAUUUAAUGCCUUAUCAUACUAUGUCGUUCUUUAACUCUUUUUGCCAUACUAUACUAUGUUAUUAUUUUCACUAUUUAGGCCUCUGUAUACUAUGAUGUCUUUAGAUCUUACUAUGCUAUGACUUUUUUAUGUUUGUAUGCCUUAUUAUACUAUGUCGUUUUUUCAUGUUUUUUGCCAUACUAUACUAUGUUGUUUUUUUCCCUAUUUAGGCCUCUGUAUACUAUGAUGUCUUUAGAUCAUACUAUACUAUGCCUUUUUUUAUGAAGUUUUUAUGCCUCAUUAUACUAUGUCAUUUUUUCACUUUUUUUUGCCAUACUAUGUCUUUUUGUUUUUAUUUUUUAGGCCUUACCAUACCAGAUGUUUUUAUACCCUAUUAUACUAUAACUUUGUUUGAUGUUUUAUGCCUCACUAAACUAUGAAGUUUUGUAACAUUUUCAUGCUUUGCUAUAAUAUAAUGUUUUUUGCCGUUUUAUGUCUUACUACAGCAUGACGUCUUUUGACAUUUUUAUGCCCCACUAUACUAUGACAUUUUUGGGCAGUUUUCUGCCUUACCAUUCCAUAAAUUUUUUGACAUUUUUAUAUCUUACUAUACCAUGACGUUUUAUGUCUACUAGAGUAUAACGUUUUUUGACAUUUGUAUGCUACACUAUGACGUUUUAUAUUUCUCACUAUACUAUGAUGUUAUUUGACAUUCUUAUGCCUCACUUUUAUACCUUAGUAUAUUAUGAUAUUUUUUUAUAUUUUUAUACUGUCAUGUUUUUUUAACAUUUUAUGCCUUACUAUACUAUGAUGUUUUAAUGACAUAUAUAUAUAUAUACAUAUAUACAUAUAUGUAUGACAUAUAUGUUCCUAUAUCAACAGUCAUGUUAAAAUAUAUAAUAUGGACAUCUACUGACAGGCUUUGGGAUGGAUAUAAAUUCAUGUAACAUUUGUAUAAUAUAAACAGACACACAAAAAUAUAUGUUUUAUUAUCUAGACACAUAUUUCGAUAUGUAAUAUUGUUCUAAUUUCUAACAGGUUUCAUAUGUAAUUUUUACAUCCAUGGGCUAUACUUAAAAUACAUAUAUGGUUUUACUUCAUGUGUACAUAUAUUUCAUAUAUGGAAAUUCAACACAUUCACACAUUUAUUCAGUUUGAGUAUGGGCAUUCAUGAAUGUAAAUUCAGUCCUCAUAUGUUAAUAAGUCUCUUCGUUUUGGAGGGGUGGCAGGUUUGUUGCAUCCCUACCAAUGUUGAGAUCAAACCUACGCCCUUGCCAUAAAGAUUGAAAAUGAGAGGCACAAUCAUACUGACCUCAAUGGGCCUUUUUUUUUUCUUCCAUCUUUUCCUUUUUUUUUCUUUAAGAAAAGUGAAAAUAAGAUUUCUCCCACAUACGUUUCACUUGUUUCAAGAAUAUUAACUGAUUUUUAAGAUACACUUUUUAACAAUCAGGUAAGUUAAUAAUCAUAUCCACCUUGCAAAUACUUCCAUUUGUCUGGAGAUUGGUUUUAACCUCUCAUCUAGUAGCCUUAAAUUUGUUAAAUUUGUAAAAUUCCAAUUUGGCUAUAUGAACUUUACAUCGAUGAAAAUAUUUUAUGGCUGCAACCUUGCAUCAAACACAAAUACUCAGGAUGCCUCGUACAUCAUUUUUAUGGAUGUACCCUUAAUUCAGGUCAUAUCUUUUGGAAACUUUGAGAUACUCAGUAGAAUUUAAAAAUAAUCUCUGUUGGUUUCAAAUAAUUUGUUGAGAUUAAGAAUUUCUCCAAAAUUAACUUCAUGCAGGAUUAAACUGCCUGGGCUGUAAACUUUGAACAUUGCCCUCUGUAGCACCACUGCUCUUCCCUUCCUCCCAUCAGCCUUUCAUGUGAACGGGCUGCUAACUGCUGGCUCCAUCAGAGAGCUCCUUCUCCUCUCAGAGCACUUAAGGUAGCAUGAAGUGGGGGGAGGCAGGGCCAAAUGGCCUCAUAGGAUUAGUAGCAUUGUUUGCCAUUGUCAAGGCUAGACCCCAACUCCAAUCACCUCUGUAAUCUCCUAACUUGCUCUCAAUACACAACCAAAGCUGCCGGGAAGGAACCUGUUUGUCUGCUCUUCCAUCCCCCCAGGUGCUUUGAAAUUCUGCUCACUGUCCUUCAACUUGAACAGCAAGAAGGAAGGGUGGGGAGUGAAUCUUUUAUGCAUUUCAUGCCUAGUGCAUACAGAGUGUAUGACUGGCAUAUACAGUAGGUGACCUCUGCUUGAUUCAUGUCUUCGGGUAGUACCUACAGAAUCACAGCAGCUAUUGUUGUGGUUACUUUUAAAGGUCACUCAUAACAACAACGAGGCAAUAAAAGUAAGUGGAACAAAUCAAGGAUGGUCACAAGACAUUUAUGUUCUAAUUUAAUGGAUCAUCAUUCAUAUCUCUUUAAACAAAUUUUCUGUCUGUGAUCAAAAAAUACCAAAAUGCCAAGAAUGAAUAACUUUGCAGUUUUAUGUGGAUUCAAAAGGAAUUUCACCCCAGCAUAUGAGUGUGUAAAAAUCCUUCUAUAUGUAAUUGAACAUAGUAUGCAUGUGAAUUCGCAACAAAGACCUAAACAUGCAAGCAAUAUUCUUCUCACCUUCCCCUUUCAGUCUGCCCUGACCACACCCAUUUGGCUUUUUAGACUCCACCCUUUCUGUAAUAACCAAUCAAGUUCAUGGCUUACAGAUUUCAAGGAUAGAGACCCCUGGUGUAUUUGACUCCAAAGUUAGAACAUCUGAAAGCAGCACUUUGUCUGAAAACUUCAAGGACUGGGUGCUGUUGUUGUUGAUAACAGAAGGACCUAGCAACAUGCAAAACUUCCCUGACUCCAAAUCUAAUCUCAGCAUGCCCCGGUCCCCUCCAGCUGCUGACUCAUACCAGCAGGGCUGCAUCAGGAUGACCCUGGAGAACGCCAAUCUCUGGAAGUCCUUUCACAGCAUUGGAACAGAGAUGAUUAUAACUAAGCACGGAAGGAGAAUGUUUCCUCACUGCAGCAUCAGUCUAUCUGGGCUCCAACCUUUUGUCAAUUAUGUCAUCAUGAUGGAUUUGGUUCCUGUGGACAGCUUCAAAUACAGGUGGAAAAAGGAGCAGUGGGAGGUCGCCGGGAAGGCAGAGCCCCAACCCCCAUGUCGGACAUACAUGCACCCAGACUCCCCUGCCACAGGAAGUCACUGGAUGAAGCAGUCGUCGUCUUUCCUCAAAGUGAAGCUCACCAACAACACCUUGGAUCAGCACGGCCAUAUCAUCCUGCACUCCAUGCACCGCUACUACCCCAGGUUUCAUGUGAUACAAGCAGACAGUCCUUACACUGUCCGCUGGGGCCCGUUUCAGACUUUCUCCUUCCCAGAGACGACCUUCACUGCAGUGACCGCUUACCAAAACCCAAAGAUCACCAAAUUGAAGAUUGACCACAACCCAUUUGCUAAGGGAUUCAGGGAAGGAGGAACCCAUUCCCACAGUAAAAGGUGUCGUUCAAACAGAAGCCCCCCUGCAAAGAGAGCAACACUGGACAGGAAGGCUCUUUGUAGCAGUCCUCCAGACCUGCAGAGGAUGCCCUCCACCUCUGAGUUGGUGCAGGCAGAGAAGAAUCAGGCCUCCACACAGCAGCCGCUGAAGGGGGGUCACCUUUCAGCCUGGGCUCUGGAGCAGGACCCAUCUGAGAGUCUACAUGCUGAGCCCCUGGAGCUGCAUGAGUAUGACUACAGCUGUGAAGAACAGAUGGUGCCUGCGCCCGUGGCAUACCAGCCCUACAGAUCUGUGGAGUACACCAGAUUUCCAUUCCCUUCCAGUGAAGUAGAUGCAGCACAUCUACACCACCCUCCCCCUCACCCACUUGCCACCGCGGAACAUGGCACCCAACAACAUGCCUACCACCACCAUCAGCACCACCAUCACAGCAAUGCAGCGGAUUGGAGCCAGUACCCGCUCUUCUCGUACUCCUGUUGGUGAACUUUGACCCUAAAACCUUGACAAAAUGAAAAAAUGCUGUUAUUAUGAGAAGACAACAAACUGAUAGGCCACUCCUGUAGUUUGUGUUAAAUGUGUAUAAAUGUGUACAAAGUUUCAUGUAUUUCCAGGACCCUAUAAUGUAUGAGGUGUGUAACCUGGACAAAGAUCCUAUUCCUCUAAAGUGAAGAUUUAUGUUUUCCUUUUUUUUCUCUAUAUUCCUGGUCACAAACGUGCAAGUUCAGCUUGAGCUUUUAUAAAUAGAUACAGUAUGUGUUUUGAGACGUAUAUAUAUUGUCCUGUAUCCAGUCAGGGGAAAUAAGUGUGAAAUUCAAUCUGAAGGUGUGAUAAAAAGAUACCUGUACUGUAACAGGCCUUUAAUAAAACUGUUCAGGUACCAUAUUAAGAUAGCAAAGGUUGUUUUGUUUUUUUGUUUUGUUUUUUAAAUCAAAAGCCGACAGUUGAAAUCACUUAAAAUUACAAAAUAGAAUGGAAUGCAACAAUGUUUGAACUUUAAUUCAACACCAAACUGUGUGACAAAAAUAUCUGUGUUUAGGUCAAAUCAGAAUCAGUAUAUGCAUCAAAAAGUGACAAGAUUGAAUUAGUUUUUGGAUGCUGAGGAAAUACAUAGCACAAUAAAGGAAGAUGAUAACAGUGGGUCAACCUGUCUGACAUUCAGGUAUAUAUUAGGAUUAAGGCCACACGGAUAAUCUUAUCCAUAAUGGGAUGGGCUGUGUUGUAUACAUAUGAGUGUGAGCCAAAAAUAAUAGUUAACAGUCAUGCUAGCAGCUCUGUGAGCCUUUAUUAAGGCACAGCAGCAGUGCUUUGGGCUAAAUGCUAAUUUCAGCAUGCCUCAAUGAGCAGGUAUUAUGUUUACUAUGUUCAUCAUCUAAGUUUAGCAUGUUAGCAUGCUAACAUUUUCAAAUUAGUACUAAAGAGGCAUUUGAGGCUGAUGGGAACGUCAUUAAUUUGGCCUAUAUUUAGUUACAAACCAAAAUACUGGAAAAAAUCAUAAAUUUGAUUAGAUGGUUAUGCUAGUUGGAAAGGUAAGACGUCACCAACACUAUACUAUAUACUAUACUGUACACUAUACUAUAUUACUUGUGGAGUGAGAUGAAAAGUCAGGGGAUCAACAGGGUCAAUAGGCUUCAUCCUUUGUGGACCAUGAAUUUUAUGGCAAUCGAUUGAAUAUUUUGUGAGAUAUUUCAGUCUGGACCAAAGUGGUGAAGAACCAAUUGACCGACACUGCCAACCAUAGUGCCAUGUUACUAACAUGGCUAAAAAUCUGGAUAACUGAUUCAUAUUGACCUGCUAAGGUGCAACCAAAGUUCAAGUUACCACCAACACAGAACUCACUAUUCUUUAGCAUACUUGAAGAUAAAGCCAAAACAAGUCAACAUGACAUAUAAUAAUAAUAAUAUGUACUGGAAACAGCACUCUAUUAGAGAUCAUGACCCUGCUGUUCUGGUAAACCACUGCUGUACCUCUACAGUUAACUGAGAGUUCAGCUGUUAAAUGCCACAAGAAUACCAAACAUGUCUUCAUCAGCUGUAUUGUGAAUCUUCUGAGCAGAAGCAUUACACAACAACAGCACAGUUAGGGAUGAGAUAGAGCGAGAAUAACGGAGCAGUAAGAGACUGUCCUAGAGCAGUGAGUCUGACCUGAUAAAGCGAUGACAGUCAGCUAGUGUGGAAUUACCAUCACAGUCUGGCAUAGUUUCCCCAGCAGAAGGCAGGAGCGUCUGUGCUGUAAAUGUUUUACGAGAGAGAGAGGGAAGCCGUAUCUGGGACAUUUAUAAAGCUGCAGGGAGCAGACACUGCAAAGGAAUUUUCUAGAGCACAUCAACUGACAUGUUUUUGUGUAAUACACCUUUUAAACAUCAAUAGAAAAAAUGCAUAGACAUGUGAGAGGAACCGCCACGAAUGGUACCAAACCUGGACCACUUCAUUAACAUCAGACCUGCUGGCUAUAGAGAAGUUUGAAACUGUGGCUGUCUGAUUAGAGGAUGGCCGUUUUAACCUCAAGGUCUUCCUGAGGUACCAUGGGUCAUCUGGGUCACCCACAUAGCUCUUCCUGGAUUCCGCUCACCGCGCUAUGAAAUGAAUUACAGAGCACAGAUGGGGUCAAUUAGUGCACUCGAGUUAUAAUUCUAGCACCAAAGGGCAUGUAAGCAUUUAGUGAAGACUUUAAUCAGAGUGAACCAACAUUGUUUUGUGUUGUUAUAAAAGUACUUCACUUGUUUUAGGUGAUCCAAUUUUAGGAGUAAUUGGAACAAUUAAUCCUAUCGUCUGCUGGAAGGAGUGAAUAUCUGUAACUGGGAUAAGGAGUGUGGAUGACAGACUAUACUAAGCCUGACUGUGCCAGUUACCAUGCUGAUUCAUUUAUGGGUUUACAUCUUUUCCGUCAUGGCUACCUACUAGCCAUGGAUGGAUUACUGAAUGGGCCUGCUGGGCACAGGCCCAGGGUCCACGUGACCUCACAGGGCCUUACAUUUUUUCACUGUCACUUUUUACACAUAAAAUAAAUGGACUCUUUAUAGCCCCUGUGGUCAGUUUUUCUAUAAAUGAAUAUAUUUCUUGUUUGAUAGUCAGAGCUCACAGAAAAGACACAAUAUGACCAGAAAGAUAUUCAAAACCACCAGAAAGAAGUACAAGCACUACAUCAACAUAACCGCAUCCUUUCAAUGUGGGAGUCAUAUUUAGGAGGGGUGGGGGGCCUUUUAUCUGUCUGUGCCCAGGGGCCCACUUGCUCAAAAUCCAUCCAUGAUACAAACAAAAAUGCUGGAUAAAACAUGUUCACAGUGGUUCACUGGUGUAAACUUAAAAGUGGCAGCAUGUAAACUAAUGUUGAGUGAUAACAGGCUUCACAUUCAUUUUUACAACUUUGAUGAGCAUUGAUAUUAACUUAAUAGUGUCAUCUGAGCUUUAAAUCGUUAUUCUCUGUGUAAGAGUUGAUGCAGCUUUAAAAUCACUGACUUUUUUUUUCUUUUUUUUUUUUUAAAUCUACGUCGAUGUAUGUUCAUUAUUUCUCUUCAUAUUUUCAAACAGCAAAGAUUCACUGUGCAUUCACCUCUGUGGGACAAAUACUCUACAGCAAGGCAGCUGCCAUCGCGGCUAGCUUGAGGGUGGUGGUGGUAAUGGACUGUAGGAAGGCCGUCAUCGACCAUGCCACACAUUCGUUUACACACACUGACUCACAUAUAUACUGUGCCCUGAGGAAAGGUCAGAGGCAGCUAAGUUUGAUUCAUUAUGGUCUUUGUCACUCCAGCCACCACCUAUCACAGUCCUGAGGAAGACAUCGACUGGCUUUAAUGAAAAAUUUUACCUGGCACGUACACAACUAUAAGGAAUUGAGGCCGAAGGGGAAGAGUACUGUCUGAAAAUCUAAAUAUAGAGUUUCUUUAAUGAUAAAAUACUUGCAAAAGGCAUAAUUUGAAAACUAACACUUAAAUAUUAUCUGAUCCUUUUACAUAGUCUUGAUAUUGAGUCAGUGAGGUCAAAGAUGUCAUGAUUGAUAGUCUCCGAUGAACUAACCAAAGGAACAACAAACCAAAUUACUUGAUUAUAAUUUUCCACUGACACGCAUGUUUCUAAAGAGAUAUUUAAAUCAGAAGUACUAUGAUAAAUGUCAUACUUCAACACACAUGAACAACCAUUGCUAAUGUUAAUAAUCCAUUAUUUAUGGCAGGAAUUAGAAGAGCAAAUGCAUUCUGCACAGAUUAAAGAAGUCCCAGAAAUAAACUGGAAAACUAUUUCUGAUAUCACUUAUAUCAGUCACUUGAGAUCUUCUUUGUUUUAUGUUCAAAAUGCAGAGGCAGUUGUAGUUCAUCAACAUCUCUAUUUGUAGCUCAGGAUUUUGAGCAUUGUGAGUUUCACUUGAUAAAAGUAUAUGCCUGUGGCUUCCCAUUCUUUAUAUGUUCCCCCACAACCUUAUAGAAGCUUGUAUGACAGUAAAUCUUGUGGGUUAUUACGAUGAUGCAUUAUGGCAUAACUACCAUUGCCAUCUGUGUAGCACUCUACAGCUAUGGUACAUCCAUUAUAAGAAGAUGUAUGUAUGACCAUGGGUAGUGCACAUGGGGACCGUUGCAUAAUCUAUCAUAUUCAUAUCUAAUUCAAUAAACUCCCAGUGGAGGGUUCCUGUUAAUAGCAAGAAUCCUGAUACAUUUAGCUAAAGCCCAAUUUUCCAUAAGCACCUGCAUGUGUGUAAAUCACCUUUCCAUUAGUGUUACAGAUCACUUAGAACUGCUGCGUUACACACAUCACAUUAUAUUAAGUUUUAGAAUGUACUGGCUCAUACU